GGAUAAUAGGAAAUUUUGUAAUAACGUUUUCCAGGUACGAUAAACGUUAAGGUUAUGUUAUUGGGUCGAAAGAGGAAACUGCGCAUGCUCAAUAACAUAUAAUUUUAGCGUUCACCGUAUCUAGAAAACAUUAUCGCGAAAAUUGCUUAAAAGCGCGCUGAUAACGGUACUAGACCGAUAAUUGUUUGUAAUUAACAUUAUCAUCUAACUCCACGAGCACCCAUAAUGCUAAAUAUCUAAGCUAAAUAAUUGAACGCACUCCAUAUAUCUCAUAUAUAUACUACGAUCUUGUUCGCUUUUCACAUGAAAAACAAGUGCACAAUUUGUGCUUAGUGCCCUCUCGCGUCGAUCAUUUAAAUCUUGCAAAUACAGCACCUAUCAUGACUUCUCCCGCGGUGACGUCCUCUGAUCAUUCACAAACUGCCGGUCGUCGGAGAAAAAUGUACAAAGUAUCGCACAUGGAGUACUUGUUGCGAAGAACACUUCGUAGGUACGCGGUCAUCAACGCAGCUCUUCAGAUACGCAGGCGUUUCGCGAGCGUACGAAGAGAGACGCGCAGAUUGAACUGCAGCGGGAACUUGAAAAACUGCAGGCUACAGCCACCGACGACAAGAUGGAGAUAAUCGACCGGCAGUUCGCUGGAUUCAAGCAUCUAUUCGAGCGAUUCCUGCAAGAAGAAGGCCCGUCCUUGGAAUGGGAUCGCAUUCAGAAACUGCCCGAAGAUGCAGUGAAGGAUUACAACUUGUUGCUAUCACCAGAAACACAAGAAGUAAAGGCUCUUUUGGAUAAAUUAGUUGUGGUUAAAUUAAAUGGUGGUCUUGGAACAAGCAUGGGAUGUCAUGGACCAAAAUCAGUUAUCGCUGUACGGAAUGGACUUACCUUUUUGGAUCUGACUGUUCAACAAAUUGAGCAUUUGAAUAAAACGUACAAUGCCAAUGUGCCACUUAUAUUAAUGGAUUCAUUUAACACGGAUGACGACACUCAACGCAUAAUUAGAAAAUAUAAAGGAAUCGAUAUAGACAUUCAUACUUUUAAUCAAAGUUGUUAUCCGCGCAUAAAUAGGGAUUCUUUACUUCCCAUCGCCAAACACUGUCAAAUCGAUGAGGAUAUAGAAGCUUGGUAUCCACCUGGUCACGGAGACUUCUAUGAGAGCUUUCAAAAUUCUGGUUUACUGAAGAAAUUCAUUCGAGAGGGACGUGAAUAUUGUUUCAUUUCGAAUAUAGAUAAUCUUGGCGCCACAGUGGACAUUAAAAUCUUGAAAUUAUUAUUAAGUAAAGGACCAGAUCCACCCAUGGAAUUUGUUAUGGAAGUAACUGAUAAGACGCGAGCGGAUGUUAAGGGCGGUACGCUUAUAAAAUACGAAGAUAAACUUCGUCUUCUUGAAAUAGCUCAAGUUCCUAAAGAUCACAUUGAUGACUUCAAAUCUGUUAAGACUUUCAAGUUUUUCAACACUAACAAUCUCUGGAUUAAACUCAGUGCCAUCGAGAGAGUACUCGAGAAAAAUGCGUUGAAUAUGGAAAUAAUUGUGAACAACAAGACCUUUUCAAAUGGUCUAAAUAUAAUACAGCUUGAAACAGCUGUAGGAGCUGCUAUGAAAUCAUUUGAAGGAAGUAUCGGUAUUAAUGUGCCACGUAGUAGAUUUCUGCCAGUGAAAAAGACUUCUGAUUUAAUGCUUGUGAUGAGUAAUUUGUACACUCUGCGUAACGGAUCACUCGUAAUGAGUUCUCAAAGAAUGUUCCCCACAACACCUCUUAUUAAGUUGGGAGAUAAUCAUUUUUCAAAAGUAAAAGAAUUUUUAACUAGAUUCCCGACAAUACCAGACCUCCUCGAAUUGGAUCACUUGACAGUGUCAGGUGAUGUUACUUUUGGAAAAGGUGUGACAUUGAAAGGCACAGUCAUCAUAAUCGCCAAUCACGGAGAACGUAUAGACCUUCCCUCUGGAACUGUCUUAGAAAAUAAAAUCGUUUCGGGAAAUUUGCGCAUAUUAGAUCAUUAAGUUGUAGGAGAAGAAACGGGAGCAUAGUGUCUUAAUGUUUGUCUUACAGAUUUUGCCUAAAUAUCUGAGAGAACAGGGCUUUGAACGACCCUAUCCUACUUUAAAUUAACUAGUCAAAUAAUUCUAUUGUAAAUAUGGAUAGUAUAUUUUAAUGGAGGUUUCGGUGAUAUAUUUAUCUAUAAAAAUUAUUUUACUGAAAAUUGUAUAUAAAGAAUUAUGCGUAUUCGCAAGAUGUCAAGAUAUAUAAAAAAAAUUUAUUGUA